AUGUGUCCCGUGAUUCGUUUAGGCGUGUCCAAUUCACAAUGCGGCGCUCUCGAAAAGGCUAUCGAUGUCAGAAUGAAUGUUCCUAUAGCCCCUUGGAAGUGGUAUAACCUCGUCGAGUCAAACGGCCAGACAAUCAAGCUUUUUCGUCCAAGACUCGUGAUGCUGAUCAGACCCGUCGAUACACAAACAUCGUCAAAACCCAAUGUAGUAAGAGAAUUCGAAGCUGACACAGGUGAUGAUUAUCGUUUGAAAAUCAACAUGGCUGUCAGGCAUGGUUGGGCUGCAGAACGCAAAACUACGUCGAAAACCUCUCGAAUGAAUGUGUCGGUUGAUAUGAACGUCACCCAUGGGGGUUUGACGCAUAUUGACGUUGCGACAACGCCGCUUUACUGUACUGCUACAUCAGAUCGUCUAGGAUCAUCUACCGAUUGA